AUGGCCUACACGCCCAGCGUGUCUGCCGUGGACACCCUGCUGGGUUGGCCGGAGGUGGAUGUCGCUGGAUGGAGGGGGGUUGAGAUGCAGGUCAACCUGAUCACGCACACCUUCCACCCAACCGUGCUCAUCGCGCCGCGCUCGUUCCUCGUGCUUGCGAUCACCGCAGACCGCGACGGAGAGGGUGAGGACAGCUUCGUCACGGUGCAGAUCCCGCUCGCGGCGCGGUCUGAGUCUGUUCCGGGCGUGCUGCGCGAGAAGAUCGCCGCGGCGACGUCGCGGCGGACGGUGUUUGCGUCGUAUGCCAGUGUCGAGCGCGUGCGUCGGCGCGAUGGCCGUGUCGAGUGGACGAUGGCCACGACGUCAGAGGCGGGCGGGGCGAUCCCCCAGUGGGUACAGCGGAGCUGGACGAUGGGCGGAGUGCCCAAGGCUAUUGUCGCGGACGUGGGGCUUUUUAUCGGAUGGACUGCGGAGAGGAGGGCUGGGAGAGCGGAAUCAAGGUCGUGA